AUGCACUCGAUGCUGCGCAAAAGGGUGGCCGUGUUCCGAGAACUUGAGCGCGGAGCAACAGCGACAAAGAGAAAACCAGAGGAAGCGGAUUCCCCAGAAGGAAAUGACAAGGGCUUUGAAUUCAAGCUAGAUUCCGUUUCUAGCUCAUUGGCAUUUGACCAAUAUGUCCAACUAACGCUGCAACAAAAUGCCCUCUUCACAGCAGUGAGGCAGCUUAGAAAGGCGUACAACGAAGCGCGGAGGGACAAUGACCACAAGUCGACAAAUUGGAGGGCGCUCAAUGGAAUGGCACGCGCCGCACGACUCUACCGGGACAUCAUGAUCGAGCAGGCGUAUUCCAUCAUGCAGACAAAGCCCUCCCAAUUCCUUGCCUUCGCCACACUAUCGCUCGUUGCAGCACUGCCGUUAUUGGAGGAUCCAGGAGAAGUGGGCUUCGAGACGUACAUCGAUGACGAGCACGAAAAAAGUCUACGCGAGGCUGAUGUCGUUGUGGUUCUGUACCAAGUCCCUACCUAG